AUGUUCCGGAGGCCCCGUGUUGUGUCCUUGGAGGCUUCUGCCUCCUCCAAGAAGCCAUGGACCCCACCUGAUCGGAGGGGCGAGAAGUGGCGUCGCGUUCCAUCCAAGCCCGUGGGCUUUCUCCACGCUGCUUCCUACGAGCAUCAGCCGCAGGUGAAUAUCGCCUUUGGCUUUCCAUCUAUCCAGAGGACCGAGAAGACAGAGGAGGAAGCUGUGAGGAAGGAGCAGGUCCGGCCUGAGGAGUCCGUCAGCUGUGUCACGGACAACUUUCAAGCGUUCGUAAGUCACGAGGAGAUGGACGGUGAGGAGAGCCUGCAGGAAACGGUUGAGCUCGUCUUCAAGAGGGCCGUGAAGAAACCAGACUCUGCUGCAGUCUUCGCGGAGCUGUGUCAGCGCCUCUCAACAGUGGAAUUCCAAUCCUUAUCCGACUGGUCGGCCAGCGUCUCCUUCAGGUCCCUGCUGGUCAAGCACUGCCAGGCAGAGUUUAAGAAGAACUUUGACAGGGAGGACAUUUCCCGGAAGGGGGGGUCCUGCCUAGAGCCAGUCAGGGAUGUGAGGGUUACUGAUCGACUGAGGGAAGAGAAGAACAACGCCAAACCCUCCUGUCGCUCCAUACAUACCAUCCGGUUUAUUGGGGAGCUGUUCCUCUCCAAGGUUCUGGAUGAGAAAGCAAUGCACUACUGCAUCAGGAGGCUGCUGCAAAAUGGAGACGGGCCGUCUCUCGAGAGCCUCUGUGAGCUCCUCCAGCUCAUCCAGCAGGACCUGGAGGUGGUCACGUCCAGGGAGGUGAUGGACUCAUAUUAUAACCAGCUGGAGUUCGUCGCAGAGAAAGGGAGGAGGGCACCAAGGCUCUCCCUUUUGUUGAAGGACACGGUGGAUGCAAGGAAGUGAGCAGCCACAGCAUGAUGCUAUCCACCUGGCCACUUUACGCAGUGCUGCAGAGAAACAGAGUAAAACAGGCAGAGAUGAUUUUUCUAUCGGUUUGUAUCAUCAGCCACUUUGUCAGCAAGUACAAUAAUUAUUACCAGUGUCUGAUCUUAUGAAAAUGUGUCAAAUAUAUAAUGAGAGAUGAGAUAUUUUCAAAACUUUUACAUUAUGUUUCUGAUCCUCACCGGCUCAGGUGAAUAGUUCCUUCAGUCAGAGGUUUUUAAAGUUUCCACCUCGUCUUCAUCGAUCCACUGUCAUGGCCCCUGCCUCACCUGCCUUCUAGCUUCUCUCUUUCUCUCUCUCUCUCUCUCUCUCUCUCUUGCUUGUGUUUGCAGGUGACGUCGCUAAUCGCAGAUGAGGUCCUGGUGUGCUGGAGUUGGGGUCUUAAUUAUCCAGCUGCCUAUAUAAGCUCCACUCCUGCUCUCAGUCGGUGCCGGACUAUAGGCUAAGUUACACUCAGUUGUCGCAGCCAAGAUUUAAGAUUUCCGUAAAGGUCCUGUUCAUUCCAUGUCUGACUUCCUCUGUCUCCCUGCCCAGGACCAGCA